GUGCUUACCCUAUCUCUCCCCUAUCUUUCUCUUGCCUAUCUCUCUUCCACUACACUCCACUUUUUUUUUGAGACGACUAUACUCCAUCUUAAUGGACUUACAUAAUUUUUUCUAAAAAAAUUAAAUUUAUUGAAUUUCUCAUUCACUUAUCUUAAAUUCUAUUGGUCUGCGCUAAAUUGGGACAUUUGAUUUGAAAGCCAUCUCCCUCCGUCUCUCCGUGGCCACCGGAGAAUGGUGACGGAACCCUAAUGGCAGCUACCAAACAGUUAUACCACUCACUCUCCAACUUCACUCCUACUCCUCCUCAAGACCCCAACCCUCGCCACCUCUGCAAAACCCUCUUCCGCCAACUCGACGCCGACCUCCGCCAAUUCUUCUACGCCCUCCACCAUGAUCCGCAUCCGCAUUCACGGCUUCGGCCGAUUGCUCAAGCUCUUACUCUCACUCUUCGCUGCUCUCUGGUCGUCCUGACCCUCCCCCACUCCGACCAGAAUCUCCUCCUUCGCAACUCCCGCUUCCUCCUCCUCCGCGUCUUGAAGCCCGUCCUCUCCGUCGUCGCCACCACCACCACCCUCCGGCUUCUAAACCCCUUCACCGAUGCCCACAUCCACCUCCCUGAGUCUUGCCGUCCAUUCCUCUGCUCCGUCUUGGAGGUUUUCGCAGAUGAGCUUCUUAGGCACCAAUCCCUGAGAAGGUUUCUCAUGGUUGCUGAUUCCACUUCUUCCGCCUCGGAGAAGCUUUUCAUGCGGCGUUUCAAUUGCCAUGAUGACAUUGUCUGUGUCCUGGAGGUAAUGUGUUCCCAUUUUGUCCUCUCUCAUGAGAAAGGAUUUGAGAAUUUCAUUAGCGGAUUGUUUUUACACUGUGACAAUGAGUGUUUUAGAUUUCCUGAACUUAGACUCGCGCCUGCAGUGGCGUUGUUGCUUGACCCUGCUGUGCAUUCUGCACCUAAGAUGUUCCGGGCACACGCAAUUUCGUUGGUUUCUGAUGCCAUUGGUUCAGGGUUAUCAUCAGAGAUUUUGGGUUCGGAUAUUGGGUGUCACCUAAUAGCUUUUCAGAAAUCUGUCACUUUGUACUCUAUGCAUGUGUCUAGCUUGCAAAUAGAUGGUUUUUAUGUCAAACCCAAUUGUGCCUAUGAUUCAUACCUGCUUGAGAGAAGUUAUCCAAGUUUUGAAUCUUAUGUUCAGGAAGGAACAAUGAAAAGAUUGAACCAAGUUUUGUCUGAGUCAAAUAAUUCAUGGGAAUCUUAUCAUUGCAUAGUGUCUUCGAGAGCAAAGGACGAAUUUUUGGCUGAGUACAUUGCAUUUGUGAAAGGGAGGCUGUGCAUAUUUGCUGAUUCAUGUAGGGACAUGGCUGCCUCAAUCUUAGACUCGAUAAUCCGCAGAGGUUUCUCUCAGGAUGCUGUGGUGUGUAUAAAGGAAAAUACUAGUGCUGAAGAUAUUUUCCUUCUUGUGUCCAUUUUGAAGUUAAUGAGUGUUACGUUGCUACAAGCAGUUAAGUGUCUGAGUAACGAUGGUGGUGAUUCUGGUUGUUUGAAAACCAUGGGAAGUUCCUCUUUGCGUGAUCAAUAUGAUUUCUUGAUCAGCGUCCUUAAUGAUUUUCAACAAUGUAAAUUCUGCUUACCCUUUCAGACUUUCUUGUGCGAUGUGAUGAAAAGUCAGCAAACAGAUUGCAAAGUCUCCAAGUCAAUGCUUGUACACUUUUCAGGCUUACUGUCUUUAAGUUUUAGCUAUGGACUUGAUUUGUUAGCAAAGGGGUGUAUAUCUGUAAUUAUGGCACUGAUGUGUCUGUUUGUUUUUGAAGAGGGAGAUUUAGUUGCGUUAGGGUCAUUGAGGGUUCUGCCACUGCAAUCAUGCUCAUCUGAAAUUUCAUCUGAUAAGAAUGGAGAGGAUACUGUAGAUAAGAAAUCUGCCUAUAAAAUUGCAGCAGAGUUUCAUAGAAUUCAAACAUGUAAUUUAAGAACUGAAUUUAACUUAGUAGAGGAUAGAACAGAGAAAACCAGCAGUGGAGAAAUGUUCCUCAAUUGCAUAUUAGAAGACCCCAAGAAAUUAUCUGAUUAUGAUGAACUUGCUGACUUCCUGGAGUGUGAGCCUGGGAAAAAUUAUGCCUCCUGGUUGAAAGGCCGUGCAAAAAUCAGAAAAUGGAGGUACAAGAAAAUGUUAAAUUUAAGGAAGGGUAAGAAGGAAAAAAUCUGGAGGUCUUUGAAGCGUCGGAAAAUCUGAGUCUUUUCAAGCACGGGAGGUGAUACAAUAGAUACGGUUGAUGGCAUGUGCCCCAUGUAUAUUCAUGGAUGUUAAUGGAUAACUCAUUUUGGGGGCUCAUCAUUCUUUUGUUAGCUAAAUUUCAGUUUAGAUUUGUUUGGUGGCUUCGAUGGCAAAAGUGGUGAACAUAACACAACUUUCGCUGGAUAUAAGAGGAGGGUAGAGGAUGAGAGCUUACAUGUAUAGAAGGUGGCAUAGCUUUCAAAUGAACUUACAAUAUCCAUGUUAUAUUUUUUUUUUGUCAAUAUCCAUGUUACAUGUUUCUCUGCUGUUCCCUGUAAUUGUUACUUGGGCUAAUGGGCUAUAGUAGAGGCAAGAGUACCAGCGUUAUGGCUCAAAUUUCCUUAA